UCCCUUCUACUAUAUAAGCAACCCAAAUUUCAUCACCUAGACUCAUAACCAAAAAUAUAUUAAAAUUUAUUUCUUGUUAGCAUCUAUCCUUGUAGAGAGGUGAGGGUACCUAAGGCACAAUAAUGAAGAUGGGAGACGAUGGAGCUGCAAGAAAUCACCUUCACAACAACCAAGUGUUCGACCUCUCCAUUGAUGUGCUUCCACAAGGUGGGACCAAGUGCUAUGAUGACGACGGCCGCCUCAAGCGAUCUGGAACCGUGUGGACCGCUAGCGCACAUAUUAUUACAGCAGUCAUUGGUUCAGGGGUUCUGUCACUGGCUUGGGCCACGGCUCAGCUGGGAUGGAUCGCUGGUCCAAUAGUGAUGAUUUUGUUUUCUUUUGUAACUUAUUACACCUCCACUCUUCUUGCUGCUUGUUACCGCUCUGGUGACCCUGUUAACGGCAAGCGAAACUAUACUUACAUGGAUGCUGUCCGAUCAAAUCUUGGUGGGUUUAAAGUUAAGAUUUGUGGGUGGGUUCAAUACUUGAACCUUUUUGGAGUUGCCAUUGGGUACACAAUUGCAUCAUCAAUUAGCAUGAUGGCUAUCAAAAGGUCGAAUUGCUUCCAUGCUAGUGGCGGUAAAAAUCCAUGCCAUAUGAAUAGCAACCCUUAUAUGAUUGCUUUUGGUAUUGUUGAAAUCAUUUUCUCUCAAAUUCCUGACUUUGAUCAACUAUGGUGGCUUUCCAUUGUUGCUGCUGUCAUGUCUUUCACCUACUCUACAAUUGGACUUGGCCUUGGUAUUGCUAAAGUAGCAGAAACUGGGAAAAUUAGGGGAAGCCUGACUGGAAUCAGUGUUGGAACUGUGACUCAAACCCAAAAAAUAUGGAGGAGUUUCCAGGCACUUGGAGACAUUGCUUUUGCCUAUUCAUACUCCCUUAUACUCAUUGAAAUUCAGGACACCCUUAAGGCUCCACCAUCAGAAUCAAAGACAAUGAAGAAAGCAACCUUGAUAAGUGUUGGAGUGACAACCUUGUUUUACAUGUUGUGUGGUUGCAUGGGCUAUGCUGCUUUUGGAGACUUGUCACCUGGAAACCUUUUAACUGGUUUUGGAUUUUAUAACCCGUUUUGGCUCCUUGAUAUUGCCAAUGCUGCCAUUGUUAUUCACCUUGUUGGUGCAUAUCAAGUUUACUGUCAACCUCUUUUCGCCUUCAUUGAGAAAAGCGCGACCGAGCGGUUUCCGGACAGUGAAUUCAUUACCAAAGAUAUCAAAAUCCCGAUCCCGGGUUUUCGCCCUUACAAUCUCAACUUGUUCCGAUUGGUUUGGAGGACAAUUUUUGUGAUCAUUACAACAUUGAUCUCCAUGCUUCUUCCUUUCUUUAAUGACAUUGUUGGACUCCUUGGGGCACUUGGAUUUUGGCCAUUAACAGUUUAUUUCCCAGUUGAGAUGUACAUUUCACAAAAGAAGAUACCUAAGUGGAGCACAAGAUGGGUUUGUCUUCAAAUCCUUAGCAUUGCUUGUCUCUUUAUCACCAUUGCCGCAGCUGCCGGUUCGAUUGCCGGGGUUGUUCUCGAUCUCAAGUCGUUCAAGCCCUUUGCGACAGUAUACUAGUUCGGUAGAAUUGACCCGGUAUAAUUCGCAACAUUCACGGACAGUAAAAGGCGAAGAAAAACUGAUCUUUUAGGAACAAAUGAAGGUUGUCGUUCCUGUGCAUAUGAAGCCAGAAUUUGCAGUUUUUAAUUACCUUAUAAAUUCAACAAAAAAUGGAGGCCAUUUGGGUCACCAUUUCCACUUGUAAGUUGCAACUUUCAAUGUCACUCAAUCCAAAUGGAAAAGAAUUGAACUCAA